AUGGAUCGCCUGCUGCUGCUGCUGCUGCUGCUGCUGUGGAGCUCAGGUUCUCAGUGUGGAACCACAGCCCAGGCUGACAUUGUGAUAUUGGUUGACGACUCCUCCAGCAUCUCAACUAUGUCCUUCAACGACAUCAGGUCCUUUCUCACUGAAGUAGUCAGCGUCUUCGAAAUCGGCCCAGACAGAAUCCAGAUUGGUCUGGUUCAGUACAGUGGUGACCCAAAUACAAAUUGGCACCUGAACACCCACCACACCAAACUUUCUCUGCUGGAGGAUAUAAAUAGACUGCAACACAAUGGAGGAGACACCAUGACAGGACGUGCUUUGACACACAUCCUCCAUAACAACUUUAAACCCGAAGUGGGAAUGCGAGAAAACUCCACAAAAAUCGCUGUCUUGUUUACUGACGGCGAUUCUCAUGACAACACACUCCUCCCAUCACAGAACCUGAAGAACGUCGGCAUUGAGAUCUACACUCUUGGUUAUGAUGAUGCCAACACGAAUGAGCUAAAGGUCAUUGCCUCUGAUCCAGAUGACAUUCACAUGUACUUUAUCAGAGAAUUGUCAUCUAUCAUGGACAUCUACAACAAGAUCACCACCAACAUCUGUAACAGCGUUAAAAGCUUAGCUCUGGCACUUGUCCACCAGUUGGGUUUUAAUGUUCUCUUUCUGUCUGUCCCAGUGUUUGUCAGGCUGUUGAAUGGGACCAGUGUGUGUUCAGGCAGACUGGAGGUGAAGUCCAACCAGUCCAACCAGUGGUGGUCCUCAGUGUGUGAAGAUAACUUUGACCAGCAGGAUGCAGAGGUGGUCUGUAGGGAGCUUGGCUGUGGGGCUCUUUCAGUCCUCCAGGGGGCGCUCUAUGGAGAAGUGGCGGCUCCAAUGUGGACCAAAGAGUUCCAGUGUGGAGGCCAUGAGUCUGCUCUCCUGGACUGUAGAAGCUCAGGCUCAGAUAGAAACACCUGCUCACCUGGCAAAGCUGUUGGACUCACCUGCUCAGAACCUGUCAGGUUGGUGGGAGGAUCCAGUCGCUGUGCAGGAACACUGGAGGUGAAACAAGGAGACUGGAGACCAGUAGAAUACUCUGACUGGACCCUGAAGAAAGCAUCCGUAGUCUGUGAACAGCUGGACUGUGGAUUAAGAAACAAGUCCUUACACAAAUCUGCAUGGGAGAUCAGUGAUAACUGUAUUCUCUCUGGUUUCGACCGGAGGGUUUGUCUAACAUCACGUUCCUCUUCCUCCAUCCUGGAGAUCACCUGCUCAGACUCUGUCAGGCUGGUGAAUGGGACCAGUCUGUGUUCAGGCAGACUGGAGGUGAAGUCCAACCGGUCCAGCCAGUGGUGGUCCUCAGUGUGUGAAGAUGACUUUGACCAGCAGGAUGCAGAGGUGGUCUGUAGGGAGCUUGGUUGUGGGGCUCCUUCAGUCCUCCAGGGGGCGCUCUAUGGGGAAGUGAAGGCUCCAAUGUGGACCAAAGAGUUCCAGUGUGGAGGCCAUGAGUCUGCUCUCCUGGACUGUAGAAGCUCAGGCUCAGAUAGAAACACCUGCUCACCUGGCAAAGCUGUUGGACUCACCUGCUCAGAACCUGUCAGGUUGGUGGGAGGAUCCAGUCGCUGUACUGGAACACUGGAGGUGAAACAAGGAGACUGGAAACCAGUUUAUGGCUCUGACUGGACCCUGAAGGCAGCAUCUGUAGUCUGUGAACAGCUGGAAUGUAGCUCUCCUAUUUCUGUAGGAAGGAGAGAGAACUUCAAUAGAUCUGCAUGGAAGAUCAAUUUUAACUGUUUUCAGUCUGGUUCUGCCCUUAGGGAGUGUGUGGCAUCAGGUUCCUCUUCCUCCAUCCUGAAGUUCACCUGCUCAGAUCCAGCAGCUUUUUUCAUCAGACUGGUCGUCCUGCCGCUGAUUCUGCUGCUGUUCAUCACGGUCUUCUAUUUCACCCUCAAGGCCACCAGGGGGCAGAAGCCAGGCCCACAGGAGAGCAUAGAGCUGGAUCAUUAUAACCUUGAUGCCAGCAGAGCUGAAGGAGGGCCGGCUGAAGCGGAAGGAGCCAAGGAACCAGAGUAGACCUCCAAAGAGCUCCACUCACAUCCAUAUGCAGCGGCUCCCCAACUUUCCAUCAACUCAGUCAAGGCUUUUAAAUUGUUAUGCUGAUGUUCCCUUUAAACUACUAGUGAAAUGAAGACAGGAAGAUAGCUGAAGAACAUCUUCUUUGGUUUAAUCUCUCAGUCUGAAGUGAUAAUCCAAACAUUGCAGCUCUGUAUCGCUAGGAAUUUAUCCAAGUUUUAUAAUAAUGCACCUCAAGAUUUAAGUUGAGAGUGAAUGUAGGAAGCAGUGAAACAGGUGAACCACAUUAAACAUUUUUAUGUCUCUAAACAUCUAUUCUCCUCAUCUCUUCAACUGCAGUAAACCCUGGUGAUCUGGUCUGAGGUCUGCGUGAGGUGUUUAAGUGGCACUGUGUCGUGGUGUCACAGCUCACCUGU